GUGGCCAGCUCCCGAGCGCGCACACACUCUGGAGUUCACAGGCCACAAACAGAGCCAGCCCCCUGCUCUCAUGCAGCUCCGGGCAGUCGGAGAGGGGAGGAUGAUGAUGAUUGCCUGAGCCUGUCACCACACUGGCUGCAGUAGCUGUGCACGGCUCAGUCCUGAGCUGUGCAAGGCUGGAGGAGGAGGCAGUGUUGCUCAGAGCCGAGCGAGGGUGGAUCUCUCGCCAUAGAAGCAAGAGGGGAAGCUGUCAGUGGGAGAGAUGGAGCAGCCGUGUCUGAGAGCAACCUCCCUCUAAGGGAUCCGCUGUGUGUGUGUGUGUGUCCCUGUGCCUCGGAUUUCCGCCCGUGCCCCUAAUCUCAUGGCUGGUUUUACAUCCGUGCACAACAGCUGGGCUUGCUCCAUUCGGUGAGCUCCAGAAACAAAGGCACUUCAGAGCCGGACGGACACACGCCCAGCCGCCUUGUUGUUAUUAGCCACGGAGGAAGGCGACAGCCCCGCGGAGCUCUCCGCCUCGCCUGCAGCCGGGCUCUGUGUGUCUGUGCGGGGGAGCGCACGAGAAGCCGCUCCUGCCUAAAGAGACCGCUUCCUCGGCUCCACGUUAACAGCUAGUGAUUUUCCACACCUCUCCGCUCCUUCCCCGACAAGUGGCUGGGCCAUGGGAGACAAAGGAACCAGAGUAUUUAAGAAAGCGAGUCCCAAUGGAAAGGGGCGGUGCGGGCGAAUUCCAAUCUGAUUUGUUCUGACGGCCAAUCAGACAUCUGAGCCGGGGCGGCAGGCAAGGCGGGGGAUGUGCGUUCUCAUGGAUAAUGAAGAGCUCACCGUCUACCUUGGGAAGAGGGACUUUGUCGACCACAUAGAUGUUGUGGAUCCCGUUGAUGGCGUCGUGUUGGUCGAUCCAGAGUACUUAAAAGAAAGGAAAGUCUUUGUCACGCUGACGUGCGCCUUCCGCUACGGACGGGAGGAUCUGGACGUGCUGGGAUUGACCUUUCGGAAGGACCUGUUUGUGGCCAACAUCCAGGCCUUCCCCCCAGUCCCUGAGGAGAAGAAACCCCUGACGCGACUCCAGGAGCGGCUGAUUAAGAAGCUCGGCGAGCAUGCCUACCCCUUCACUUUUGAGAUCCCUCCCAACCUGCCGUGCUCCGUCACUCUGCAGCCUGGACCAGAGGACACGGGGAAGGCCUGUGGCGUUGACUACGAGGUGAAAGCUUUCUGUGCAGAGAACCUGGAGGAGAAAAUCCACAAGAGGAAUUCCGUGCGCCUGGUGAUCCGCAAAGUGCAGUACGCGCCGGAGAGACCGGGCCCCCAGCCCAUGGCGGAGACCACCAGGCAGUUCCUGAUGUCCGACAAGCCACUGCAUCUGGAGGCGUCCCUGGACAAGGAGAUUUACUACCAUGGCGAGCCAAUCAACGUCAACGUCCAUGUGACAAACAACACAAACAAGACGGUGAAGAAGAUUAAAAUCUCAGUGCGCCAGUACGCGGACAUCUGCCUAUUCAACACUGCUCAGUACAAGUGCCCCGUGGCUGUGGAAGAGGCGGAUGACGUGGUGGCUCCGAGUUCGACGUUCUGCAAAGUCUACACGCUGACCCCCUUUCUCGCCAACAACCGGGAGAAGCGGGGCCUGGCCCUGGACGGGAAGCUUAAACAUGAAGACACCAAUCUGGCUUCCAGCACGUUACUAAGAGAUGGAGCCAAUAAGGAGAUCCUGGGAAUUAUUGUCUCAUAUAAAGUGAAAGUGAAGCUGGUGGUGUCUCGGGGAGGCCUGCUGGGAGAUCUUGCAUCCAGUGAUGUUGCUGUGGAGCUGCCGUUCACACUGAUGCACCCCAAGCCCAAGGAAGAGCCCUUGCACCGGGAUGUUCCAGAGAAUGAAGCUCCCAUAGAUACAAAUCUCAUAGAACUUGAUACAAAUGACGACGACAUUGUGUUUGAAGACUUCGCCCGACAGAGACUGAAGGGCAUGAAAGACGACAAGGAGGAAGAUGAGGAGGGGACAAACUCGCCGCAGCUGAACGACAGAUAAACGGGAUUCUUUUAACCAGUUUUGUUUGUUUCCAGUAACACCUCUGCAUUAGGCUUCUUAUAUUUUGUAUGAUUUUUUUUUUCUACAUGUACCGGGAGCCUAUGGAUCACCCAGCUGGUGACGGCAAUUAUAACCUUACAGCUGUGCCAUAUUUAUCACCAUGCAUCUAGCUACCUAGGCUGAAGUCUCGUCAGCUGUCUCGAGAAUGAACACAGGGUGGUGGGCCAGAUCCCGAGGGGGGUUGCAGCAAGCAGGUGUCACCGACGCUCAGCACCCCUUAGGAUUUGUCCCCCUCUAGUCCCUGGCUCUGUUUUCACUCUGGAGCAGCUGCUCUCAGCCCUUUCGUAUGAUCUGCAUCUUUUAUGCAUUUUGUAUAAUCCAGACAAGACAAAUCUUUGUUACGGGGGUGGGAGGAAGGGGUGGGGUGGACAACGCGUGUGAAAGGGGUUUAUUUUCUAGGCAAAUUGUUUUCACUGCAGAUGGGACAGUGUAUGAAGUGGGCACAAUGCUACACCCUGGCUGGAGAACAGUUGUGACGCCGAUCAGCUGACCACACUGAGUCCCGGGCUGUGACCCGCCCUCCCUGCGGUUCACAGCCUAUUGGCAAAGCCUGCAGAUCUGUGCACGGCCCAUCUGGGCCGAGAGCCUUGCCGACCCUUAGCACAGAGCCCGCGCCCCAACCUCAGCACUGCUGGUCCCCAGCCCCUGUCCCUCAUCUUGCUGGCUGAUGGCAAGGAUCUCCCUCGCUCGAGGGCAACUAGACUUCCCAGUGUGGGUCCCACGCUGGCCCUGCUUUGACCCCUGUACCCGCACCAGGAUCCUAGCCCCACACAGGGUCUUGCAGGAAGUGGUGGAGGACUGGCUGGGCCAGGGCGCUCCUGCUGGCCACUCAGGGAGGCUGUGCAGAGCCCCCUGUUAGCUGCAGGCAGUGCUGGACAAGGGUUCCUGCCUGGGGAAGCAUCCCCUUACGUGAGCCCUGCCAGUUCCACUCAGCUCCUACAGAGUCAGGAGAAAGGGGCCGCUAGGGGAUCAACCCCAGUAUCUUAAUUUCUUCUGCAACACACUGUCCCCCUAGUCCGGCGUGUUUAGAGGAGGGAUGACGAGAAGCGGCUUUUGUGUCUGUCAUCGGAGAGAGAGACAGUCACCAGCAGUUCAGACACGUGCUGAGAGUGCUGGCUCCCAGGGUGGAGACCGUAGGGUUGGGGAACCGCUGCUCUGGGAUCUGCUGUCUGUCUCCCAUUCUGCACCCUUGCGUGCCGUGCCAUGGACUUGGGCUGCUCGUGAUUGCAAGCUGCAGCCGUUCCGAGUGAGUUCUGAUGUCUGCUGGCGCAUGGGAGGCAGUGGGCACCAGCCGGCCCAGCCUCAGCCUGGCAAAGUGGCACUGUUGCUCUUUAAGGACAGGACCGGCUGCAUUUGGACACUGCCAGGCAGUGAGAGGUUCUGUGGCAGCCGAGAGGGGCCAGCUGCAGGAGGCAGGAAUCAGUCAGUCAGGCUGAUAGUCUAUGGCGACUGCUCAAUCCGUUAACACAGGGACACACGUGCCUCACUGUGAACACAGCCACCUGCUCUCCCGCCAGCCGGAGCGCACGGCUGUGCGUAGACCAGGCCGUGCGCUGUCCCACGCUGUUCUGUACCCCACAGGCCUGGCGUGUGGCUGGGGGGCUGUGAAGCGCUGGGAUCCCUCGGGUUAAGGGAGGAAGGUGUGAGUGGCAAUUUCCGGGCCUAGGCGUGACGAGAGAAACAGGCAGGAUGCUAGUCCCAGUCCCUUCCAUCGUGGGAACAAGGGAAUGGUCCUAGGGUGAGGCAUUAGGAGAUAACUGCCUACUAGGCUUUGCCUUUCUAGUUCCUCCAUAAAGGCUAUGGAUGAGGUUGUUUGAAUCGUAAGGGACCAAUCCUGGAGGCCAUGCCGAGGCAAAACGCUCUGCGGCCUGUAUGAGUUUUGGCUGGGUUUGGCCUCUACGACGAGUCCCCACAGAGUGGCUGGAACAGGGUGGUGAGCUGCACAUUUGGUGUUUGCAUUUAUUCUGUUGGAGGUAAACUCUGCUUUGGGCCCCCAUCAGCUUCACGGCCGCACACACGCCUGACCCUAGGAAUGCAGGAGAGAAAAAUCCUGGAGAGGUCAGUGGUGUUUGAUUUGCAGGGCCAAUGGGAUUGGACAAGGCUGAUCCUGUGACUGAAGAUAACAUUUUGAAGCCAAAGUAUCGUCGAGUCUUGGAAACCCAUAACGUUUUUAAUCUUCUGUGCCAGGACUGCAUGUAUAUCACACACACACACACACACACACACACACGCACGCACGCCUGUUAGGAGACUGAGGACUCAGACAACCUCCAUCUCCAUGCUCUGUACUGAAGGAACCUGUUCUGCAGCUCCUGCUGCCCACUACUGAUUUUCUCUCUCCUUUCCACACAAUGGACAAAAAUCAUCCCUGGUGCAACUCCAGUGACUUCUUUGGGCUUCCCUCAGGGCUAGAUUUGGUCCAUCUUUGCUCCCCUCUCUUCCUCUGCCCUCGAGGAUUAUUUAACUGUCUAAAUGAUUUGAGAGCUGGGUUAGAGGAAAGAUGCCUCUUGGGAUGAAGUUCUCUUGUGGUGAGCUGCAUUCAUGCGGGAUUUUCUGGGCGCAUGAGAACCCAUCUUCUCCUGUCAACCCCCAGAGAACCCAGGGUGAGUGCACUCCACCUGAUAUAUUCUCCACGCCUAUUCUGGGUACCCCGAGGCCUGCUGAUACUGGUGUUUGCAAUGUUGUGGCUGUGUUGGUCCCAGAAUAUGAGAGCGACAAGCUGGGUGAGGGAAUAGCCUUUAUGGGGGUGGAAGAGCCAAGCUUUUGAACUCCACAGAGCUCUUCUCCAGGUCUGGGGCUGGUACUCAGGGGGUCACAGCUCAGUGCAAGCUGGGUCAGGUUGUUAAGCAUAAGGGGGUAACACAUGUUGCCAGAGACCAGUUACAGUGAAGUGGGAAAUUUAACACCUCCGCAAUCGAAGGACAAAGGCUGGUUAGUAGGUUACAAAUUGUAACACACCAUAAAACCAGGACCAUGCUUUUUGGUGUCUAGCAACGUUCUCAGUUUAAGUUCCUAGGCUCAUCUUUUGAAGGCAUCGUGAAGGUUUCCUUUGAGGAGCGGGAGUGAGAGAGACAAAACAGAGCAAUCGUGUUGUGAGAAGUGUUCGCCGUGGUGAUGGGGUGUUUUGGUCUCAUCAUUUUGCUGUGUGAGUUCAUUCGACAGUCUGGUUUCACCCACAUAGUUAUUGUUGGGGCAUUUGCUGUAAUGGGUCAUGUACAUCACAUGUUGUGAUAGGCACAUGUAGGGCCCAUGUGUCUUGAAAGGCAGGUUGGGGAGAGUGCUGGUCAUUGUAGCAGCGGAGAGAUGUCUGCAGGUUUCACAUCUGUUGUUCUGGCAAAGUCUGGUGCUGCUUUGAGUUGAUGUCUUGCUUUUGUGGAUGAGGUUUGCAGGUUUGGAGGGUUGUCUGAAGGCCAGAAGAGUGGGCUCAGGAAAGACUGAAAUGCUGGGUCUCUUUAGAGUGGAGAUGAGUAAGAGAGGGCAUGAGGAAGGCAUACAAAAUAAUGGGAUGGAGAAAGGAAAUCAGCUGCUCUUAUUUACCCUUUCACAACACAAGGACAAGGGGGCACUCUGUGAAACUGAACCCGAUUAUAACUGAUUCCUUACACACAGCACAGAAAAACUUGUGGAACUCACUAUCACAGGACAUCCAGGCACAGAGUAGAGUAGGGUUUAAAAGAGGAUCUGACAGUCAGAUGUGACAACAGCCACAAUUUCAGGAGAGGGGAUUAAAAAUUAUAUUUUUAGAAGGGAUCAAAACCUGCAGGCUUCAGGCAUUAGCCCACUACUAACUGGUGCAGUGGGCGGGGGCAGGAUAGGAAGACAUUUCCCCUAUGGCAAGAAUAUUCUAUCCACUGGGAAGCUCCUUGCACCUAUCUUGGAAACAUCUGUUCCUGACCAAUGGUGAAGACAGGACCCUGAGCUAGUUGUCUGACCCAUUGGCUGAUUGCUGCCAGGUGGUCACUCCCUCACAGGCAGAGCCCAGGAGGACUGUAGAAUGGAGGCAGUGGCUGGGAAUGUCACUGACUGUCAGGUGGCACUCAGGACAUUCUGUUGACUCUGGUUCGAAUCCAGCACUGGCUAAGAUCUCGCAGGGAAGCACGUAUAGUAACGGCAGCCUUGUGCGACGGUUCAUUUGGGCACGCGCUAGUUUGGGGGAGGGGUGGAGAGCAGCCAAGGAAAAGUCUCCCAUUUAGUAAAUGCUGAGCAACACCUCAGAGCCAUACCUAACGGGGUAGGGAGGGGGAGGCGGCCAUGUGUGCCCUGGGGAUGGGGAAGUUAUGAGUGGUUGAGACAGGGAGCAGCGUGCCAAAGAGAGGUGGAGUCAGUAUGGUGUCUAGGUCGGGGGGCUACUUUGACAGCUGCCUGUCACCUGCUUUCCCAGCUAUUCACCUCUCUUCUGGUCCAUCGGCAAGUUUGUUUUACCAGCUUAGGCUCCCUUAAACUCAGUGGGUCGGAGGCCAUAGGUGCUGGAACUGGGAGUGCUGGGGGGUGCGGCAGCACCCUGUGACUAGAAGUGGAUUCCAUUAUGUACAGGAUUUACAGCUUGGUUCAACGGCUCUCAGCACCCCGCUCAGCUGCUGAUCUCAUUUGCUCCAGAAUAGCACCAUUGACCCCCCCAACAGCGCUGCUGCAGAGAUCACCAGCAUAACUCAGCUCAGCAUUAUGCUGUGUGGGCUAAAGUCAUUCCUGGUGGAAUUGCAUUGUACCAAGCGGAGUGACCCCAGGGAUUAAUGUGCCCCAGUGAAAAUUCCCUUGGGCCUGAGCCAAAGUCCAUUGAAACUAAUGGGCGCCUCAUUCAGACUCCGCUCGACUUCAGAGGGCUUUGGAUCAGGCCAUUAACAGUGUGUCACUUCCACCACCAGGUGUGUGAAAUUUCCCUGCCAACAACGUGCUGGAUUUGGGGCAACUGCAUGUGCCAGUGGGUAAUUUACCCCAGUUACAGGCGCUCUCCCAGCCAGCUGUGCUCGCUAGCUUGGCCAGUGGUCCUGGCUCUGGCUAGGCCCAGCAACGUUUCAAGGCUUGCCAGUUGGACGUUUAGCUCUGUAGCGUUACACCCAGUGAAAGCAGUAACAAUCCAUCCUCUGGGAGAAAAAAAUAACCCAGACAACGGUGGGUGAGGAGAUCAUGUAUAGUCAGACAGCGCCUUCUGUCCCAUCCCCAACACACUCAUUGAGACAGUAGCGAUCUCACCGAUGAGUUAGUUCUAUUCAAUAACGAUCUUUGCCCUUAUUCAUUACUCACCUGCAUUCAGCAUGAACGUUUGGAGACCGCGCAUUGACCAUUCGAUCUGUAUAUACGCACGUCGGGCACGCUAGAGAGAGACAGAGAGAAAACCAACCGUUGUUAUUUUUAGGUAACCUGACUGGGCAAUGUGGUACUUUUUGUAAAGUGGUUACUUUGUACUGUUCAUUGAGAACUUGCUUCUUCGGUUUCUCCCCUGUAUCUGUGACGUUUCUGUGUUCUGUCAAAUAAAUUAUUCUAGUUUAUUAAACUCAGAGAAGAAACCACA